UCGCGUCCCCCCCCCCCCCCCCCCUCUUCCCCGACCGAGCGAUCCAGCAGCAGCCGGCACCGCGAGAGCUCGUCGAGAGCGCCUGCCAUGGGCUUCUGGGUGACGACGCUCAUCUUCCUCCUCGCCGGCGUCGCCGCCUCCCUCUCCGCGCUCCUCUGCUGCAACCGCGGGCCCUCCACCAACCUAUUCCAUUUGACCUUGGUGAUUACAGCUGUAACUUGUUGUUGGAUGAUGUAUGCAAUCGUUUACCUUGCUCAGAUGAAGCCUUUGAUCAACCCCAUCCUGAGCGGGGAGUGAGCUUUGUUUUUUAAAAUAUUAAAUCUAGCCAUGACGUAUCUUUAUUCUGUCUGCAUUUUAUUCAUUUUGGCCCAACUGAAAUAAAGAACUACAGUGAGGGGUUUUGCCACUCAUCCUCCAGACGCUCUAGGAGGAAUGCUGUGAUUAGUGUAUGCAUUUGUAUGAUAUACACAAUAAUACUAUUUAUCCAUGCUGCCCCUGUGUUUUUAUCUGAA